CAGUCUGACAACACUUUACUUUACCUGUCAAUUUUCCUACCAACGAAAGUAGGACGAAAUUCAGCCUAAAUAACUCGCUACUUGCUUUCAUAGUAGCUUGCAAUGACUUUUUAUUCAAUUUAAACUGUUUAUUCAUUCAAUUAGCAUCAUGUGACUGACUGCACGGCCUAAAAUAGACGUCAGUUUAAUAAUAAACACAACAGAACACCAGCAUAUAUUAACAAACUAAUAAAUUCAGUGUAUAUAUUUUCAUUGACCGUAAAUUAAUCGAUAUAAGUGCGAAAAAUUAUCCGUAUACAGUUGUAAACAUUCGUAUUAGUGUCGUAUAACUGUUAAUGAACAUUAUUACCGAGUUAAAUCUGCAGUGCUGUGUUAAAAUAGUGAAUUUAUGUAUGAAAAUCGUUGAAAAAUAAUAAGUUGUAUUUUUACGUAAUAUUUCAAGAAUAUAAUUAAAGUGAUUUGUGGAGUGGUGUUUGAGGAAUCUGUUAUUAUAUUUGUAACGAUGGAACACGAUGAUCUGAACGAGAUUUGAGACAACGCCAUCUACCGGCCAAUGGGCGGACUACGUAAGAUGCAACUAGCUCCAUCUAUUGAUCGAUAAACGAGAUGCCACGCUUAAAAUAUGCGUCGGUUGCCAGAGUUGUUGUUAUACUCGGGCUCUUUUGUCUAUGGCUACAGAUUAUGCUUUCCGCGUCGACUGGCGGCAUGUACAGAGAUGGAGGUCAAGACCAUAUGAUACAGGUGCAAGGGAUGUUGGUCAAAACAAACCCAAUUCGUACAGAAGAGGAGCUGAUGAAUGCUAAUGACACGUCUGAGCAAGUUUUAGCAUUGGUACCGCCUGAGCUUCAUAAAUAUUUGACAGUACAUCCAAGGAAUAAUUCAGGGAACUCGACAGACCGGAUAGCUGUAAAGAACAUAACUGAAAUAAAGCAAGCAAUCAAGAGAUUCAAUGAAGCACAGACUAUAUACAAUGAAGAUAUAUUCGGACCUGUUCAGAAUGAUACUGUUAUUAUUGCCAUACAGGUACACACCAGGCUGACGUACCUACGCCACCUGAUCGUGUCGCUAGCACAAGCGAAGGAGAUAGACAGGACACUUCUAAUAUUCUCCCACGAUUACUAUGACGAAGAAAUUAAUACAUUAGUUAGGAGUAUCGAUUUUACUAAGGUGAUGCAAAUAUUCUACCCAUAUUCCAUCCAGACACAUCCACAUGAGUUUCCGGGAAUGGAUCCCAACGACUGUCCUAGAGACACUAAAUUUGAACAAGCAGUGAAAUUGGAAUGCAACAACGCUUUGUACCCGGACCUGCACGGGCACUACAGGGAGGCGAAGUAUACGCAGACGAAACACCAUUGGUGGUGGAAGGCCAAUAGGAUAUUUAAUCAGUUGCAGAGCACUACUGGACAUACAGGUUACGUCCUCUUCUUAGAGGAGGACCACUAUGUAGCAGAAGACUUCUUGCACAUACUAAGUCUUCUGAAGUCAACAGCGGAUAAGAGUUGCCCUCAAUGUGAGAUGCUGUCUUUAGGGACCUACCUAAAGACCUACCAAUAUCACGUGAACGGUGAUAAGAGGAAGAAGAAUAUGAACCUGAACUACAUACAGCAAGUGAAGCUGGCUAAUGAACAAAGAAGAAAGAAACACGAAAACAACCCGACCUGGAACUUCCAGGUGUACCCGCACCUCUACACGGCCACACAAAAGGUAGAAAUAACACCAUGGCAUUCGAGUAUGCAUAAUAUGGGGUUUGCAUUCAAUAGGACAGUUUGGAAUCAUAUAAUGAAGCAACAGAGUCAGUUUUGUGCCUACGACGAUUAUAAUUGGGAUUAUUCUUUAUUACAUUUAUCACAAAAUAUGCCAGGGAGGGAGAAAUUCAAAGUUAUAGUGUGUAAAGGGCCACGAGUAUUUCACAUUGGGGAAUGCGGUAUUCACCAUAAGAAAUCAAACUGUAACGCCUCAACAGUUAUCAGUAAAGUACAGAAAUUACUACAGAAUGCAAAACCUUACCUUUACCCGACGCGAGUGAGUGCGCAGGUGACGGCGGGCGGUGCUAAACAUAAUAAGAAACUAGUGAAGGGAAAUGGCGGCUGGGGUGAUAUUAGAGAUCAAGAACUGUGCACUAAUAUGACAAAAGUGGGUAGGCAGCACAGGCACAUGAUAUUUUACGCGUAAAUUUUAAGUAUAACAAGUAUACUUACACCCUGUGUAAAGGUGAAUCGGUUUGAAAUCACCCUGUAUACACAUAGUACAUUCCACAUACUGUACAUACAAGUAAAAUGCGCACGAUUUUAAACUUUAUGUCGUAGAUUCAAAAUUGAUUUUAGUGGCUGUGGAAACCAGUCAUUCUCUGCAGCUAAUAUAAGUCUUAUUAUCAGCGGUAUAUGAUCUAUUAUAUAUUACAAUUGUGAAGAAUUUUGAACAGAUCUGAAUUGGUAUAGAUGUAGACUAGUCUUAAAUACUGAAUACUCUAAAUUAUAUUUUAUCUCACUAUUUUUAUACGCUAGUUAUAAUUUAAAACGAAUGCUCUAUUAAUUAUUAUGUUUGUCGGCUCACCCACGUAAUAAUUUGUCAAGGAACGACUGUAGCUAAAUGCUGUUCACGAAUAUGAGCCUCUAGCAUUGAUUGAAACUAGUCGAG